AUUUAUUAUUAAAUCAUUAUGGAAACUCCAGGAACAGAUGACACUGAUGAUAGAAUGAGACUUGCUCAGACUAUGAACUCAAUGAGCGCCACUUCGACUAUUUCAAAGCCCGAUGUGGAAUCUAUCAUCCAAGCUGUUGCAACUAUUAUUCAUUCACAAAUGAUUGAAGAUCAAACAGCUGGAAACGAGAUCGAUGAAGACUCUGAGUUGUUCUUCUUUUCUGAAGAGAAAUAUAUCAAGGAAAAGCCAGAGUCUUUUGAUGAGAAGAGACUCGAAUUAUUAAGAGAAACACCAAAGGUUGAAAACAUCAAUGAAUUCAUGAAAGCAUUAUACGACUGCGCACAGUUUAGUCCAGAAUGCUGAAUUAUCUGACUGGUAUAUAUCAAUAGACUCAUAGCUUUCACUAAUUUACCAUUGCAACCGACCAACUGGAGACCCUUGAUCUUAUGCUCUCUGCUUGUAGCACAAAAAGUCUGGGAUGAUAGGUACCUAUCCAAUGAUGACUUUGCAUACAUUUAUCCUUUCUUUGUCACUAAAGAGAUCAACAAGCUAGAGCAAAAGUUUCUCGAAUUAAUCCAAUAUAACGUGACCGUCAAAGCCUCCCUGUAUGCUAAAUAUUACUUCGAGCUGAGAUCCUUAUUCAAAGAUAGUUCAGGAGGCUUCCCUCUCAAGGAGCUAGACGAUAAGGAUAAACAAAGACUUGAACUAAGAAGUGAGAAGUAUCAGGAUGCCUUUGCUGAAGCUACAGAAGCCAAAAAGAGAGAGAUCAACACAAUUGCUGACAUAAAGUACUCUUCAAAAGCUUAAUUUCAAUAAUCAUAUUUUCAUA